CACAUAUAAAUAUAUGAAUAGUCAUUUCUUUUAAAUCAAACGUUAGAAAAAAAAAAGAAUUAUGGCUUCUACACAACAUUCAAAUAGUGUAUCAAUUCCUGUACAACUUCCAAUUCAUUAUAAUUUAAUACAAAACACAAAUGAACCAACAUCAGAUUCUAUAUAUACAGCAUUACUUCAAGAAAGCAGAAAUGAACCUACUUUAUCUAGACAAGAAACAAAUUAUCCCAACUGGCAUGAAAACCCACCAAUAUCAUUAAAUGAUAUACACAAUCUCUUUGAUCAAUUAGAAAAAAUAUAUGGAUUUCAACAUGAUAAUAUACGAAAUAUGCAUGAUCAUUUGUUAACCAUGCUAAAUUCACGAUCUGCACGUAUGUCGCCUAAACUAGCAUUAUGGAGUUUACAUGCUGAUUAUAUUGGAGGCGAGCAUGCCAAUUAUCGCAAAUGGUAUUUUGCAGCUCAUCUUAACUUGAAUGAUCGUUAUUCAUCUAAAGAUCCUACUCAUCAUUUAUUGGAGGAGGCAAAAAGAGAAUGGAGAGAAAGGAUGGAGUCCUUAUCAGAUCUUGAACGUGUAGGUCAAAUCUCUCUUUAUUUGCUUAUUUGGGGUGAAGCAGCCACAUUAAGAUAUACCCCUGAAUUGAUCUGCUUCUUAUUUUAUGUGGCGGAUGCUUAUAAACCACCACCACCACCACCACCACAUCAUAUGGAUGAUGAACGUGUAUCACUAUCCUUUUUAGAUGAUAUUAUAUCACCUAUUUACAACUUCAUACGAGAUCAAUCUUAUCAAGUUAUUAAGGAGCAUUAUGUGCGUCACGAAAAAGACCAUGAUAAAAUUAUAGGCUAUGAUGAUAUUAACCAAUUCUUUUGGAAUAAACAAUCUAUUGCUAGCUUGCAACUAAAAAAUGAUGAGCAACAAUGCCUUUUAAAGGAUAUCUCUAGAGAAUUGCAAUUUCUGUCAUUAAAAGAUGUGGAUUGGAAUAGUGCCUUUCGUAAAACGUUCUACGAAAAGCGAUCCUGGUUACAUUUGCUUACAAAUUUCUCAAGAGUAUGGAUCAUUCAUGCAACAUCCUUUUGGUAUUAUAUGGCUGCUAGUGUAGAUUUUGUACAUAUGGAUAUUACAGGUGGUAAACUAAAAACGAUUUCAGUUAAUUUACCGAUGAGGUUAUCCAUUGUUGGUUUGGGUGGUCUUGCUGCGGUCUCUAUCAUGAUAUUUGCCACCUUUGCUGAAAUGAUGCAUCUGAGGAUAAAUAGUCAUAAGGCACAGAUAUUGUUUGUAAGAAUGGUCAUGUUGCUAGUUGUAGCCCUUGGUCAAUUUGGAAGUUCAGUUUACAUCUUUUCCACCGACUCAACAAGUUUAUUAGCCCAUAUUCUUUCAAUCAUUCAACUUGUCUUUGGUGCUAUUAUCUCCAUUCUCUUUCUUAUCAUUCCUCCUGCGAGAUUGUUCUAUUAUUCAAGUACAGACGCUUAUUUAUCUUCUAAAGCAUUUACUGCUAAUUUUCCUAAAAUGAGGAAGGACGAUCGAUUUUUAUCUAUUCUUCUAUGGGUUUGUGUCUUUAGUUGUAAGUUUCUUGAAACUUAUUUCUUUUUAGCUUUAUCAUUUCGCGAUGCACUUUCAGCAACCAUGCAAAUGCAGCUUAGUACUUGUGGUAAAGACCCUUUGCUGGGUCGUUGGUUAUGCACAAUGAUACCCAUCUUGACGACUAUCCUUAUGUUCUCUGUUGAAUUAGCGUUGUUCUUCUUGGAUACUUAUUUAUGGUAUGUCAUCUGGAAUACUAUAUUUUCAGUUGCACAAUCAAUGCGUCUUGGUAUCUCAGUCAUGGUGUCUUGGAGACAACUCUUUGCUAAGGUACCUCAGAAUAUGUUUGCAAAGAUAAUAGCGCCUAUACAAUCGAUGACAAAUCAUGUACGUUAUACGGCUUGUUCUCAGAUGUGGAAUGCCAUCAUUAUUUCCAUGUAUAGAGAUCAUUUAUUAUCAGUCAAUAAUCUUCAACCUCUGCUUUAUCAAGUCCACGAUCAAGAAGCUGAAGAUGGUACAGUCCAACGAGAGCUUUUACCUCCUCCUAUCUUUGAUCCUACAGCAACUAUCCCUGAUAAAGAUUACUUCCCACCUUACUCUGAGGCAGAACGUCGUUUGUCGUUUUUCGCACAAAGUCUUACUACACAAUUUCCUUUACCCUGUUCUGUUGAAAAGAUGCCGACUUUUACCGUCUUUACGCCUCAUUACUCGGAAAAGAUACUGUUGUCAUUACGAGAGAUCAUUCGAGAGGAGAACUCAACAACACGUGUAACGCUUUUAGAGUAUCUAAAAAAAUUACACCCAACCGAAUGGAGUAAUUUUGUAAAGGAUACCAUGUUUAUCGCAGAAGAAAACGACAUCCCGUCAGGGCCAUCAGAAAAGGAUGAUUUACCAUUCUAUUGCAUUGGAUUCAAGUCCUCUGCUCCAGAGUAUACCUUGAGGACCCGUAUCUGGGCCUCUCUGCGUGCACAAACACUCUAUCGCACUAUCAAUGGCUUUAUGAAUUAUGCUCGUGCUAUAAAGAUUUUACAUCGUAUAGAAUAUCCUAAUUUUCAUGAUCUCUCUUCAUCGACUACCUUGACUUCACCAACGACAAACAAGAAGGAAGAUGAGCAUGAGCCUAUUUCGGUAAUAACAGAUAAUAAACGAACGGGUACGAAUGAAGAAUUAUUGGAAUCUGUAGCCCACCAAAAGUUUCGGUUUCUAGUGGCUAUGCAACGUUAUGCUAAAUUCAAUGAAGAGGAAAUUUCUAACUGUGAGUUCCUGCUAACUGAAUAUCCAUAUCUGCAAAUUGCCUAUAUCGAUGAAGAAAUAGAUGAAGGAACGCAAGAGAUUACUUACUAUUCGGUACUUAUUGAUGGCCAAUGUGAAUUACUUGCAAACAAUCGGCGUAGCCCAAAGUAUCGUAUUCGCUUACCCGGUAAUCCUAUCUUGGGUGAUGGCAAAUCAGAUAACCAAAACCAUGCACUCAUCUUUUAUCGUGGUGAAUAUUUGCAACUUGUUGAUGCUAAUCAAGAUAACUAUCUUGAAGAAUGUCUUAAAAUUCGUAGUAUCUUUGGUGAAUUUGAGCAUCAAACAACAGUAACAUUAGAAAGGGUCUAUGGUGAACAUGACCAUUCAUCCUCUGUGGCCAUUGUUGGAGCCCGAGAAUAUAUCUUUUCAGAGAAUGUAGGUAUGUUAGGUGAUGUCGCAGCUGGUAAAGAACAAACCUUUGGCACAUUAACGCAGCGUAUUAUGGCCAAAACAGGUGGGCGUUUACAUUAUGGCCAUCCAGAUUUCUUGAAUGCCGUCUUCAUGACUACACGAGGUGGUGUCAGUAAAGCACAACGUGGAUUGCACUUGAAUGAAGACAUUUAUGCUGGUAUGAACGCCCUUAUGCGAGGUGGUAUUAUCAAACAUACAGAAUAUUUACAAUGCGGUAAAGGUCGAGAUCUCGGUUUCUCAUCGAUCCUCAACUUCACGACAAAGAUCGGCACAGGUAUGGGUGAGCAAUUCUUGUCACGCGAGUAUUACUAUUUAGGUACCCAAUUGCCCUUAGAUCGCUUCCUCACCUUUUAUUAUGCCCACCCUGGCUUUCAUCUGAAUAACAUCUUAAUUCUCUUCGCUGUUCAAGUCUUUUUGUUUUGUAUGAUGAUGGUCAGCACCAUGGCUAUUAAUUUACCCCCUUGUUACGUAGAGAUCGUGGAGGGCGAUUGUUUUAAUAUCAAACCAGUCUAUGACUGGUUUCAACGUUGUAUUCUAUCUAUCUUUAUGGUCUUCUUUAUCUCUUUCUUACCCCUCUUUUUGCAAGAGUUAACUGAAAAGGGUACUGGUAGGGCCAUCUGGCGUCUUACAAAGCAAUUCUUGUCGUUAUCCCCCCUCUUUGAGAUCUUUAUGACUCAAAUCUAUGCCAACUCUGUCAUGUCGAACCUGAGCUUUGGAGGCGCUCGCUACAUCGCUACUGGACGUGGAUUUGCAACCGCUCGUAUCCCCUUUAGCGUCCUCUAUUCACGAUUUGCACAACCAAGUAUUUAUUUUGGUGCACGUACGAUGCUAAUGUUGCUCUUUGUCUCAGUGGCUGUUUGGAUUCCUCAUUUGAUCUAUUUCUGGGCUACCGUCACAUCCCUUCUCAUUUCACCUUUUAUCUUUAAUCCACAUCAGUUUGUCUUGACGGAAUUCAUUUAUGACUAUAGAGAAUUCUUGAGUUGGCUCUCUCGUGGGAACACAACACGCUAUCACGAUCAUGCUUGGAUCUCCUACUGUCGUCAUGUACGUACUCAAGUGACUGGUAAUAAACGAAAGGCGAGACAGAGGUCGACGUUAAAGGAGAAGGAACCUAUCGUGGCCGUCCCACGAGCUAGUCUUUCCAACAUUUUGAUCUCUGAAAUUUUGAUGCCAUUUAUUCAAUGUUGUCUUUGUGUUGCCUGUUAUGCCUUCUACAAGAGCCGAUUUGAAUUGAAUUUUGAGAGCAAGGAUGAGCGAUUUACUGAAGAUAAUUCAAGUCCAGGAGGAGCCCUUGGACGGAUCAUGUUGGUCACAUUAGCGCCAGUCCUCUACAAUGCGUUGAUAUUGGCUAUAAUCCAAAUGAUAUCUCUAAUGGUAGGCAAUAGAUUCAAGAGGACAGGAUUCUAUAUGUCAACAUUAGCACAUACAUUAGCUGUAUUGGGCUUUCUAUUUGCUUAUGAAGUUCUUUGGAUAAUGGAAAAAUGUCAUGUGAGGUCUACUCUACUAGCUCUGUUGUCUGUCUUUUCAGUGCAACGGUUUCUAUUCAAGACAUUUGUAGGAUUAUUUUUAACUAGGGAGCUACAUCAUGAUGCGACGAAUAGAGCAUGGUGGUCAGGGAGAUGGAAAGCCAGUAAGGUUAGAAGAUUAGCAGCAAGAGAAUAUAUCUGUAAAAUAGUAGAAAUGUCAUUAUUUUCAAUUGACUUUAUAUUGGGCCAUUUUAUUUUAUUUGUCUUAUUUCCAAUUACCUUAAUACCUUCCGUCGAUCGAAUUCAUUCUUUAAUAUUAUUUUGGUUAAGGCCUUCAAAGCAAAUUCGACCUUCAGUAUUACCAACGAAGGAAAGACGACGACGUCGAAAAAUUGCCUUGAUAUAUGGACCUUUAUUUAUUUUUGUUUUGAUUUCUUUUUCUGCACUUAUUAUCUUACCCCCUCAAUUAGCCCCUCGAUUACCUACUUCAUAUGAAGAAUUAUUAAAAUAUUUUUAAAAAUAAAAAUGGGGAUCCAUUAUGACAUAUUGUAAUAUAAACUUGACUUACAUUAUUAUCAUAUAAAAAUAGUUCAGUGGUAAUACUAAAAAUACACCGAUUUAAAAAAAA